GGAGGAGGAGGAGGAGGUUGUUAGACUGGAGCUAAAGCGAGUCGCUCCGGAGGAAUGGACAGCAUUUAAAGCCGGAACGGUUUUCUGCAAAGCAGGUGGGACAUCAGUGAGUCAUGGAGGACGACGGCGGCUUCAUAGAGUUUGAUGUGCCAGAGUUCAGCAACGCUGUCCUUAAGCAGCUCAAUGAGCUGCGGAUCCAGGGUAAGCUCUGUGAUAUAAUUGUGCACAUCCAGGGCCGACCAUUCCAGGCACACAAAGCUGUGCUGGCUGCCAGUUCACCAUACUUCCGUGACCACUCGUCUCUUGGCACCAUGAGUGGACUCUCCAUCUCUGUGAUCAAGAACCCCGCAGUGUUUGAGCAGCUAUUAACCUUUUGCUACACGGGACACAUGGAGCUGCAUCUGCGUGACGUUGUUAGCUUCCUCACAGCCGCCAGCUUCCUGCAAAUGCAGGCUGUCAUUGACAAGUGUACACAGAUCCUGGAGGGCCUCCACUCAAAGAUCACUCUGCCAGUGGUUUCUGGCCGAGCAGAAGCUGAAGAAGACCUUGAUUCUAGAGUUGUACACAAUGGUGCAAAAGAGGUGGGCAUUUUUUUGAAUCCUAUCCAGAUUUCCCCACCCUAUUACCCUAGGAAAAGCCAUCUAAUGGACACAAGUGGAGGUGAAAAAGGGCUUGCGCACUUAACAGAGGAAGGGCAAUCAGAUCGAGGGAGCGAUUGCGCUUCAGAGCAGGAGGCAUCAAUGGAAGCAGAGCCUGAUCAAGUGGACUUGAUUGAGAAGAAUGGGCAAGUUGCCGACAUUCACAUCAAGCUGGAAAAAACAGAGCGGCCCAGCUACUCAGACAGCUCAUCAGCGGGCGAUGAUAGCUACCACACAGAAUUGGUGGAUGGUGAGCAAGUCCUAGCCGUGACUGUGGGACCUUAUGGUCCAGUGCCACCCCCUGCUCAGUACACCUAUUCGGCACUCCCUUCAUCCUGCUUUGUUGGAAUCAGUCAAUCCAGUCCCUCUCAGUCGAUUCUCAGCGGACUUGGAGGUGGCCGCACCAGAUCUAAGCGGAAUAUGCCAGUCCCAGUACUUUCUCAGCUUAAGCCAGGCAUAGAGGAUGGAGAGGGAAUAGCAUCAGGAGUUGUUUUUGAGAAUGACGUGAGGGAAAGAGGUCUCCGUGGACAUUGGUAUCCGUUCAACGAGCGCCUUGUAUGUGUCUACUGUGGCAAGUCCUUUAACCAGAAAGGCAGCCUGGACCGCCACAUGCGUUUGCACAUGGGCAUUACUCCAUUCGUCUGCAAGUACUGUGGCAAGAAGUACACGCGCAAAGACCAACUAGAGUAUCACAUCCGUGGCCACACAGACAAUAAACCCUUCCACUGCCAGAUUUGCGGCAAGUGCUUCCCUUUUCAGGGCACUCUCAACCAGCACUUGCGUAAGAAGCACAUGGGUUCCGGCAUCGAGAUGAAUAACCACACAGGCUCACAAGGGGAAGCAGCAGAUGGCCAGCGAGGGGCACCUGUGGAGGUCUCAGAGAAUGUCUUCAGUGAUGCCUAUAAUGAUGAUGGGUCUACAAAAAAUAUGAGCGAGGAGAGUGUAAAGGGUAGUUCUGAAGAACCCCCUGGGUCCAGAUGUGAUUAUUAAGCAAUUGAGAUUGUAUUGGGUUUCAUUCUGUGAUGUGCAGCCUUUAAAAGUUGACCAUGUGUAGAGAAGUGGAUGUUGAACCUGCCUUGCACAUUUUCCACUUGUGCAUUUUGUUUAAUUUUAUUUAUUUAUUUUUUUUUUGUGAUCUGGUUUAAGAAGAGAACACAUUCUUAAUAAGCAAGUUUUUCAAAGGUGAGGGGAAUUGUAGUGAGGGAGGAGAAGGACCGAGUGGGACAUGUCAAGAAUUCAGGCAUUUAAAGAGGUUUUUUUUUUGUUGUUGUUGUUUUAUUUGUUUGUUUGUUU